AUGAAAACAAUCAUUUUAAUCAUUUUAGUUUUAUUUAUUUCAACUAGCCAUGGAUUUUGGGAUAUAUCAAGCUUUUGGUCAUCCAACAACAAUAAUAAUAAUAAUAAUAAGAAUAUUAAACCACAAAAUGAAGAUAUAGAUUUUAUUUCAAGGCAAUUAAAUGAAAGAAGAACUAUUAUGUGUCAAUUAAGAAAGGAUUCAUAUGAUUGUCAACUUGGAGAUGGUUGUUUGUGGAUACCGUUAAAGUCGUGUUGUAGUCGAGACAAGAAGACUGAUCAAUACUUGGCGACUGGAAUUUGUAUAGAUAGUCGACAUAUUAAUCAAUCGUAUACACACCAACCAACAAGUCUAUGUGUCUCUGACUUGGUACAAGGCAGAAAUAUUAUGUACCAUCUUGUCACUACUCAUCCAGUCGAUCUACAACCAUACGGUCUGACACAAGAGAUGCCGAGCCAAAAGAGUUGCUGUGAUUUAAACUGUGAAGCUCAGGGAAAGGUGUGUGGGCUCGGACAAAAGUCUCAGUGCAUUGACCAACGCAAUCCAUGUUGUCGACUGUCGGCAGUCUGCGUUGAAGAUCCAAAAUACACUACGACGGCAUCGACCAUUGCAAGUACAACAUGUUCGGUUACUGGAAGCACGGUAGCCUCUACUAUUGCCAGUACCAUCGCAUCGACUACUGCAACGAUCAUUUCAGUCUGGACAGACUUUGUAACGGUCGGAAAGAUAUCGUCGGAAUUCGAGUGGGUCUAUAUGACCGGCAACAACUAUCUCGUUAGUUCAGGUAAACCCUUGGAAGAUGGAGAGUUUCUCAUUGAUCUGUCCACUUCUUCGGCACCUGCUUUUAAUACUCUGUCCUAUUCUGGAGAUGCAACUAUUUUUUCGACUGAUUCCUCUCUUGGUGCUACCACCUUUCAAGAUCAAACAACAACUGGUCUCCCAACAACAUCAACAACUGGUGGUAACCCAACCACCACAUCUUUAACGUCGACAACCACCACCACUGGAAUAAAUAAUCCUACCGCUAAUCCAACUACUACUACUACUACGACUGCUACAACAACCAGUCCAACAACAACUACCGCCAUAUCCGGUCCAACAACAACAACAACCACAACGGCGGCUCCUACAACUACAACCACAACUACAACAGCAGCACCUACUACGACAGCAGCCCCUACCACUACAACUACAACAACAACAACGGCAGCUCCUACCACUACAACAACAACGGCAUCCCCGACCACUACUACUACAACAGCAAACCCAACCACUACAACAACGGCGGCCCCUACUACCACAACCACAACAACAGCAGCCCCUACUACAACUACAACAACUACCACUAUAACGGCGGCUCCUACAACUACAACCACAACUACAACAGCAGCACCUACUACGACAGCAGCCCCUACCACUACAACUACAACAACAACAACGGCAGCUCCUACCACUACAACAACAACGGCAUCCCCGAUCACUACUACUACAACAGCAGCCCCUACUACUACAACUACCACCAUAACAACCACUACAGCAGCCCCUACUACAACUACCACAACAACAGCAGCCCCUACUACAACGACCACCACAACAACAGCAGCUCCUACUACAACUACUACCUCUUCGGCCGCUACAACGGAUGGUACAACACCCCCACCUCCACUCACAACAGCUACAACCGCUGUACAUAUGGAUACUGGUGUCACUACUGGAUUAACCACUACGACCACUUCAACAACAACAACAGGAGCUAAAACUACAACUGCUAGUACUACAAAUGCGGUAUUGACAGGAACCACUGGAACAACAGGUACAACAACAGGAACAACAACAACUACUACAACUACAACAACGACGACAACAGCACUUGUAACAACAACAACAGGAUCAAUAACCAAUUCAUCCAAUUUCUGUGGACAACAAGGAACUAAAGCACUAUGUGAAGGAAAUUCUCCAAUGUGUUUGUGGAUGAAUUUCCCAUGUUGUUGUGGUCAUCAUAUCGAUGUUUGUGUCAACAAUCCAAAAUAUCAAACCGAUCCAGUCUGUCGUUCAAGUAUUCAUUGUGAAAUCGAUCCACGUACCAAUCAAAUUUGUGAAUUUUGGACCUAUUGUACACCUGGUUGGGUAGUCUUUAAUCCACCUAAAAAGUCAUGUAACGAUCUACAAUGUACAGCCAGAGGACUCAUUUGUGAAUGGAGACAGACAGUUCCUUGUCUUGGAACGACUUGUUGUUCUCAACAUCCAGUCUGCGUCAAAAACUAUGGUGGAGAGAUUAUUACAGACUUUGCCAACGAUAUGAGCAUUUAUGCAAUUAAAAAUGAUACAACUACUGGUAUAGCACCCACUAGAAUAACUAGUGGUGAUUCGACAGGAAUCAAUCCAGUACCCCCACCAGAUUCGGAACCAACAGAUUCAGAACCACCAGAUUCAGAAUCAGUGAUCAUUGAAACAGGUCCUUGCGAAGAGGUAUUUACAUCGCAUCAGUGUGAAGCUAGACGACCAGUAUGCGAAUGGCGUACCUAUCAAGGGUGUUGUGGAAUAGAGUCGAGAUCUGUAUGUGUUACCAACCCAGACCCAUGGAGUGACUGUGACAAUACAACUAGUUGUAUGGUGUAUAGUGGCACGGGACACAUCUACGAGAUAGAUUCAGGAAACUGUCGUCCGCAAACCGGUUGGGAACCGUACGUUCCAUUUGCUGGAAACUGCAGUACUCUGGGAUGCGAGCAAAUGGGUAUGCGAUGUGUUGUACUAUCGACCACCGAAUGCUCGGGCACUUCAUGUUGCCAACCAUCACCAGUUUGUCUGCCAUACGACGAUACCCAGUCGAUAUGCGAGAUGUCUCUUGGUAAUGACGCCCGUCCUCGUCCACACCCACCACCACCUCCCACACCCAAGAAACUAAAGAUGUGUAACGAGGUGCUAUGUCCUACACACACUCACUGCCAUAAUGUUGGUGGGUUUGCAACCUGUAUUCCAAACAGACCUAUCCAUCACAAGGACCCUUGUUCAUUGGUGUAUUGUCCCUCGGACACUUAUUGUCAUGUCACCAAAGAUGGGUAUCCCGCCUGUAUUGGUAUCGACCAUCCUCCACCAGACCACAACCAUCUAUCCUCUCUAUGCGACCCUCAAUGUCCAAACAAUAUGAAUUGUGUCAUUGUUAAUGGUCGACCUCAAUGUAUCACCAGAUUUUUAAAUUAA